AUGCGCAUACGACACGACGUUCGCGUUGGGGCAACGCUCCACUUUCGAGAUGAUUCAAAUCAUACCCCAAAUCGCAAACCUGCGAUUAUCAUUGCCGGCAUUGUCGGUGCUUUGGUCGUCGCAGGCUUUUCCUGGCUUCUCUUUUCUCGGUGGCGCAAACGACGAACGGCAAAGUACUCGCGAUCAGGGCGCGACGACAAUGACCACAGCGAAGCAGCAGAUGGCCCCGCGACCUCCGAAACGACAAAUGCCGCCUCGGCGACUAGCAACAAUGCCUCCACAGUUGACCGAAAUACAAGUGUACGCUCUGUGAUGACGUUGCCGCCGUACCGCCCGAAGCCGCUGGAGAACGAGUCGGUGCUCGGCCGCGAAGGCGAGCGGGACGGCAUCGAUGUCGUGAUUGAGAUGCCCACAAUCGAGGAUGAGGAGGUAUUGCGGGAAAAUGAGAUGGACGCCCUGUACCAGAUCCGCGUCGCCCGUCGACGCCAGAUUGACGAACGCGAAGCUCGCCGGGUUGCCCGGCGCGAGGCUCGUGCACAAAACGACCAGGCCGCGCUGCAGGAGAUCCGAGAGCAGGCGCGUGCGGCAUCGUUGAACAACACGCAAGAGAUUGAGAACCUGCGGGAGGACCACACGCGGGCAAAGGAGACCCGAGUGCGUGCCGUUAGUAGUGUCAGCUACGCCGACCUGGGUGUGGCCCGUCAUGACGGUACACGCAUUCGGGCGAACAGCUCGGAGAGCGAACGCGUUGGCUUGCUUAGUGACAUGGCCAGUGUAGGCACCACGUCGGCCCAGUCCCCGUCUGCCGCGGCAGAGAACUUCCCUCGGGCCUCCAUGCACGAGCGCGGCCGCAGCGGCAGCUCGCUGUUGACCCUUGUCACGACGCGCAGCAGCGAUGAGCAACCAUCCGCGCUGCACCUGCAGCAGACGCUGACAACAGGGACGACGCGGUCGAGAGCGAGCUCGACCGGCCCGCGUGACCGGGCAGGAUCGAGCCCCGAGCUGAUUGAUGCGUCCGAAGCGGCCGGCCUUGCCGAUGCAAACGACAGCAGUCAGCAACCCACCGGCGCGCCGCCACAGUCGCCACCGAGCUACGACGAGGUGUCGCUCAACGACCUGACGCCGGCGCAGUCCCGCGCCGAGAGCCCGUACCCAGAGCCGCCGCCCGACUACCCCGGUCCGGGUCCGGGUCCCACAGAGAUGAGGAACCGGCGGGUGUCUGCACACGCGGCGGAUCUGGCCGCCGAGUCGUCUGCAGCGGACCGUGGUCAGGCGUCGUCGACAGUGGUUCCGUCGCCCGAGAGCACGGCCCGCAGCAGCAGCCAUGGCAGCGACGACAGCGCCAACCGCCGCGUGUCCCGCAACAGCAGCGUCCUCCCACAGCUGCCCAGCCUGCGCCUGCGGCAACUGCCGCAGAUUGUCAUCGAGCCAUCGAGUGCGGCGCCACAAGAGCCGCAUCCGUAA